AGCGUUUGGUCCCGUCUUCGUUGUUGUGAAAGGGCGCUGCUGCCUUCCCGGUCCGGAAGAUGGAAUAUUCCCCGGUUCACGGGCCCGGUCUACGGCCCGAGGUACUCCACCCGGUCCGCUAUUCCCGGAUAGGUCCGGCGAGCCCCGGCUCAUUCGGUCAAGGCUCUGAGGCUAUUUCUUGAUGGGCUCAGAGUAGAUGACAAUACCCCCGCGGCUCCCGCACUUCCUCAUACCUUCAACCAGAUUCAGCACCGUACCGCCCACACAACUGCAAGAUGACCGCUACCCUACUCGACCAUUUGCGGACCCUGAGUGCCGUGGACUGUGACACGCUUGAUGCCGACGUGGCUGCGAGCCUUGGCCCAUUUGUCGACUGCACGUCAAACCAGGCCAUUGCAUUUGCCGAGUUAACAAGGGUCGACGACCAUGGGAAACCGCUUCACAACCAGUUUAUUACGAGGUCGCUGCAUGUUACUCACUGGCUAUUUGAAAAGCAGGCAGACGCAACAUUUGAGGAGCUGGCAGUCGAGCUGAUGAUGGUCGGCCUCUCCCUCGAAAUGGCCCCUCACACCACCGGCUACCUCCACGUGCAAACCAACCCGAAACUAGCUUAUGAUACCCAAAAAACCAUCAAGAAUGCCGAGAGGCUCAUCUCGCACGUCAACCAGCUCAGCAGCGUCCACACCCGCCGCAUCUGCAUCAAGAUCCCAUCUACCUGGGAAGGCCUUCAAGCCUGUCGCGAGCUCGAAAAGAGGGGUAUAACCACCCUCGCCACCAUCGUCUUCAGCCUCGAGCAGACCGCCCUCGCCGCAGCCGCCGGAUGCCGCUACAUCGCCCCCUACGUCAACGAGCUGCGCGUGCACUUUGACUCCGGCUACACCGACCCCUCCCCAGCCCUCCCCUUCACCGGCGCUGCCCAAGCCUACCUCAACACCCUCCCUCCGAAACCCAACCCCAGCUCCGCCCCCGCCAACCGAACCCAAGUGCUCGCCGCCUCCCUCACCUCCAUCGAGCAGGUCACCCAACUAGCCGGCAUCGCCCACAUCACCGUCUCCCCUCCGCUGCUGGCCGAGCUAGCCGCCACGCCCGUGGAGGGGUGGGCGGGGAUGAGUGGGGUUGGGGAGGUUGUGAGGCGUACUGCGGAGGAGGAAGGGGAAAAUAAGGAGAAGAAGGCGGUGGUAAGGGGGGAGAGGGAGAGGCUGGAGGGGUUGGUGGGGGAUGAGGCGGGCUGGCGGACGGCGUUUAGCCGGGCUGAGGGAGGGGAGUGCGAGAGGAAGUUGGUGGAGGCGCUGGGGAUCUUUGUGGAUGUGCAGGAUCGGUUGGAGGAGCUUGUGCGGGAGGCGGAGAGGGAGAGGAGAAGUGGGGAGGUUUAGAGGGGGGAUUGAAGGGUGCUU